CCAUGAUGGGGGGAGGCUGAGGAGUGGUGCUAAAGGGAGGUGGUGACGGUGUGGCGGCGGCUCCGUUGAGGGGAGGAGGUGACGAGAUGGUGGCGGCGCUGCCGAGGGGAGGCAGAGGGCUGGCCAUGUUGGCGGGAGCCCGAGCGGCGGCCCCGCUGAGGGAUGGUGGUGGCUGAGUGGCGGCCCCGCCGAGCCGGCCGGCCGCCGCUUUUCCGCCCCUUAGAGAGCUUGGGAUGGCGGGGAGCUCUCUUUGGGGUAGCGUCCAUGACCUGCUGGUGUUGGCGGGAUCGGGCAGGGGGUGAGGCAGGAGCGGGGCGCACCCCGGCCCCUCAGGGCGCGUUGGGGUGGCCUCGGUGCCUCUGUGACGCGGUGGAGCCGCCGCUGACCGCGGCCUCCUGCCCUCGAGCGCUUUGGCCCAGUUAGCGUCGGCAAAAUCAAUUUUAUGAUUUUAUCCUCCUCGGCUUCCCACAUCCUGCCGGUAAACAACGCUCUGCUGACUUUUGGGAGUGGGCAGGCCCUGGCACAGGGUGUCCAGAGAAGCUGUGGCUGCCCCUGGAUCCCUGGAAGUGUCCGAGGCCAGGCUGGACUUCGGGGCUUGGAGCGGCCUGGGAUAGUGGAAGGGGGUGGAACUGGAUGGGCUUUAAGGUCCCUUCCCACCCAGACCACUCCGUGAUUCUUUUGUGGUUCAUUCAGGUCAGUGCCAGCACUGACUGGAGCACUAACACACCAGGAUGACAACACCACGCAUCGGGAAUAUCUGCGAUUCCCUACGGACACUGGGAUUUAAACUUCACGGCGAUUCCAGCUCGUUUUGUCAGGCUUCGGGCGCCGCCCACCCGGCAACCGGCGGAGCGCUUUGCGCGGUGCACCCGGAAGUGGCGGAGCGCUUUGGGCGGUGCACCCGGAAGUGGCGGGAGGUUCGUGUCGAGUAUCUUCGUGAUGGCGGCGGCACCGCUGCGCGUGCUGGCGUGUGGCGACGUGGAGGGGCGGCUGGAGGCGAUCUUCGGGCGGGUCCGCGCCAUCCAGGCCAAGAGCGGCCGCUUCGACGCCGCAGGGGUGUGUACAGUGGCUGCUCGGGGCUGCAGAUCGCCUACCUGAGCGGCACCGAGGCGCAGCAGCAGCCGGCACCCGCGCACUGCUUCAGCACCAAGGACGUGGCCGAGCUGAAAACCUCUCUGCUGGCAACCCCAAACUUCAGGGGUGUGGAUAUACUGCUGACCUCCCCCUGGCCCAGAGACGUGGGCACUUUUGCCAACAGCACGGGAGAAAUAGAUACCAAAAAGUGUGGCUCCAAGCUGGUAUCAGAUCUAGCUGCAAGUCUCAAACCAAGGUACCAUUUUGCUGCCCUGGAGAAGGCCUAUUAUGAAAGACUUCCUUACAGGAAUCACAUGGUGCUACAGGAGACCCCACAGCAUGUCACCAGGUUUAUUGCCCUUGCUGAUGUUGGCAAUACAAGCAAGAAAAAGUACCUCUAUGCCUUCAGCAUUGUGCCCAUGAGCUCCAUGGACCCUGCAGAGCUGGUGAAGCAGCCUCAGGAUGUCACCGAAAAUCCCUACCGGAAAUUGAGGAAGGAGGCUCCCAAGAGCAAAGCCCCUCUCUCUGCAGAGGAAGAACCAGCCUGCCAGUUUUUCUUUGACUUGAACAAGCAUCAGGGAAGGAAACGUCCCUCAGAUGGCAAAGAGAGAGGAGACUCCCAACCUAAGCAAGCCAAGAAACCCCCUCAGCCCACAGGGCCCUGCUGGUUCUGCCUGGCCAGCCCAGAGGUGGAGAAGCACUUGGUUGUCAGUAUUGGCACACAUUGCUACCUUGCCCUGGCCAAAGGGGGUUUGACACCUGACCACGUCCUGAUCUUGCCAAUUGGGCACUAUCAGUCAGUGGUGGACUUGUCUUCAGAGGUGCUGGAAGAAGUCACCAAGUACAAGGCUGCCCUAAAGGAAUUUUUCAGGAGCAAGGGGAAGAGAUAUGUCCUAUUUGAAAGAAACUAUAGGAGUCAGCAUUUGCAGCUGCAGGUCAUUCCUGUCCCUCUGGACCUUUGCACUUCUGAAGACAUCAAGGAGGCCUUUAUCACACAAGCACAGGAGCAGCAGAUUGAACUGUUGGAAAUCCCAGAGCACUCAGAUAUCGCGCAGGUGGCUCAGCCGGGGAUGCCGUACUUCUACGUGGAGCUGGACACGGGGGAGAAGCUGUUCCACCGCAUCCGUGGCCGCUUCCCGCUGCAGUUCGGCAGGGAGGUGCUGGCGAGCGAGGCGCUGCUGGCGCAGCCGCAGCGCGCGGACUGGCGGCAGUGCGCCGCCCAGCGGCCAGAGGAGGCGGCGCAGGCCCGCGCCUUCCGCCGCGACUUCGAGCCCUUCGACUUCUCCCUCCGCGACUGA